AUGAGCCAAGAUGAUGCGGGGAGCUUCCAGGCUCGACUGGCUGCGAGCUCCCCGGCUCCUCCGCUGCAGCCUACGUCUACUGCACCAGAGGCUGCGUCGAGCUCGUCAUUCCCCGGCGGGAGCCUAUCGCAUCGACUCGGUGAGACGCUCGUCAUCAGUGGCGGCUCAGGUUACAACGACCUGCUAGGCGCAACACCCGGUAACACGACGUAUGUCCUACCCAUCUCGGACAAUGGCGGCUCCUCAUCGGAAAUCAUCCGCACCCUCUCCGGCCCCUCGAUUGGAGACAUUCGCUCCCGUCUGGUCCGCCUGAUCCCCCUCACCACCUCACCUCGCCUGCCCGGUCGACCUGUGCCCCCAGCGUCCAACGACGCCCUCCACGCUCUCCUCUCCUACCGCCUCCCCACCACCGGCCGCACCCGCGACAUCAAAGCGGAAUGGCUUGACAUCCUCGAAGGGCGUCAUCGCCUAUGGCGGGGAAUAGAAGCGGACCGCAAGGAGGUAGUACGCGGGAUGCUCGUCCACUUGUCGUCGGAAAUCCUCCGUCGCGCACAUCGCAACUUCAACCUUCGCGGGCUGAGCAUCGGCAAUGCCUUCCUCUCUGCGGCGCAAAAAUUCUUUCGCUCAAUACAGUCGGCCAUCUUCCUCUUUUCGGCAACGACCCUCGUGGCGGGCAGCGGGAGCAGUGUGCUCCCUUGCAUCAAUACGAAUCAUACGGCUACGAUUGCGGCCGAGUUGGAGGAUGGGAGUACCAUAGUUGGGCAGUGUGAGAUUUCUCAUCCAGCGAGGCCGGCGCGCCAGGGACCAGCAGCAGCGCAAGGGGACAAGACGAUGUCCCCUUGGACACUGACCGUUCCCCCCUCGGGACUGGAGACGCCUUCGUCGGUCAUAUUCGAUCCCCUCGCCAACCUAGGCUCGGACUUGGGAGCGGCACUCUCUCGCUCACGCGUGGAUCAGGGGCACCGUUGGCAGGAAGAUCGCGUUGGUGCGGGGAGGAAGACGGUGGGCACGCUGCAAGACGGGCUGGAGCCGGAUGACGAUGAUGCUGCGAGUGAGGCGGGCAAUGAUGGUGGCGAGGAGGACGACGAUCAAGACUCGGAGGGAGAGACGAGUGCGGCUACGGGCGGAAACAUCGUGUUUUCCAAGGACAAGGGAGAGGAGGUUCCGCUGCCCAGUCGUAUCAAAAAUCUAGUCUACAUCAACUCCUACCGCAACGUCGUCUGGCCCGCCCCGAACAUGUCCUACCUCUCCUCGCUCUCGCGCUGUCGAACGCUCAUCUACUCUUGCGGCUCCCUCUACACCUCUCUCAUCCCCUCGCUGGCGUUACGCGGCGUGGCCACAUCCAUCGCUCACUCCCCCUCGCUGCGCUACAAGAUCUUGCUGCUCAACACGACGAACGAUCGGGAGACGCCUGGGUAUACUGCGCUGGAUUUCGUGCGGGCGAUUGGGCAUGCGCUGAAUAUGAGCGAUCGGCCGCACGAGGAGGAGGGGCAGGAGGAAGGGUAUAAGUCGCGUGAUUUUAUUACCCACAUCGUCUACUAUCCACGAGGGGAGGUCGUGCUGGACCGGGACAAGGUGGAAGCCAUGGGAAUCGAGUGCGUGGCGGUGGGCGGGCACGCGAAGACAGCGCCAGCCAAGCCGCCAAAGUUCACCGAAGAGGACGUGCGAUGGGCCCUGGACCGGAUCGUACGGGAAGCCCCGCCGCCACCCACCAAUGCAGGGAGUCGACGACCGAGCAUCACAGGCGAGGCGGCCGCCCCUUCACCGUCACCAUCAUCACCGCGUCAUCGGAUGGAAGGCUUCACCUACUUGACGCUCAACUAG